CCCGCCACAAAACAAAAAGAAGAAGAAGAAGAUGGCUCGAAAGGAAACCGUAACUGAGCGUCCUCUUUUAAUUUUAAUAAUCUGUAUUGUAUUUAUACAUUUGUUUAUCUGUCCUUACACCAAAGUUGAGGAAAGUUUUAACUUACAAGCAAUUCACGAUGUUCUGUAUCACAGAUUUAAUUUUGAAAAGUAUGACCAUCAUGAGUUUCCUGGUGUGGUUCCACGUACGUUUCUUGGACCCCUGUUCAUAUCUGCACUCAGUGCACCAAUGACUUGUGUGCUUGCCCUCUUUCAAACACCAAAAUGUUACACUCAGAUCCUUGUUUCAUCUGCUUUAUGUUCUUCUUUUACAACAGUGAGAGGCGUUCUUGGACUAUGUGUGAUUCUGUCGCUAUGGCAGAUGCAAAGAGAGAUCCGGAGGCAGUUUGGAUCAAUGGUGGCCAGUCUGUUUUGCUUUAUCUGCAUCACACAGUUCCAUCUGAUGUUUUACAGUACCAGAACCCUCCCAAAUGUGUUUGCUUUGCCUUUAGUUUUGCUGGCAUUCACAUCUUGGUUGGGCCAGAGACACGGUGCCUUCAUUUGGCUCUCCGCUUUGGCCAUUAUUGUGUUUCGCUCUGAAUUGUGUCUUUUCUUUGGCCUGAUGUUGUUGAUGUCACUCCUGAGCAGGAAACUCAAUUUUCUACAGUUGUUUUGCCAUGCCGUACCUGCUGGUCUUUUAUCUUUGGGUCUCACUGUCAUGGUUGACACAGUUUUCUGGAAUAAGCUGCUCUGGCCUGAGGGUCAGGUACUGUGGUACAACACAGUCUUGAAUAAAAGCUCCAACUGGGGAACUUUACCUUUUCUGUGGUACUUCUACUCUGCUCUCCCUCGAGCUCUUGGCAGCACAAUACUAUUCAUUCCACUUGGCCUGUUGGAUAGACGAACAACAAAACCGCUCAUCAUAACUGUAGGCUUCAUUCUGCUGUACUCCUUUCUGCCUCACAAGGAGCUCCGUUUCAUCAUCUACACCUUCCCUGUGUUCAACAUGAUCGCUGCCUGCGGCUGUUCCUUUAUUUUGAAGAAUUACUACAAGUCAUGGAUGUAUAAAAUUGGCUCCAUAGCUAUAGUAGGACAUUUGAUGCUCAAUGGAGUAUACACAAGUAUUUCUCUUUAUGUUUCCCAUCACAACUACCCAGGAGGGAAAGCAAUGCAGGAGUUGCAUAGAAUAAUUCCAGCAACAGCAGAUGUGUCAUUACAUGUUGAUAUACUUGCUGCACAGACGGGAGUCUCACGUUUUCUGGAGCUAAAUAGUAACUGGAGAUAUGACAAGAAGGAGAAUUUGACUCUUGAAGAUGCAGUUAUGAAAACAUAUUCACACCUGUUAAUGGAAUCAAAUGCAACUAAGAUAACACUGCUCAAAGAUUCUCACAAACCUUUGGUCUUCUUCUCAGGAUACCAAAACCUCGUAUUACAGAUGUUUCAAUUUCCACCUAUCAUAAUUAAGCUAAACAAGAAGCUUGUGCUGCUAGAAAGACACUCAGUGAACCCAGAUAGCAUAAGCCUGAACUGAAAUUGUUUCAAUAAUAGUUGAAUAAAAUAUUCCAUCUGCAAAGAUGGACAGAUAAAUGUUUACAGAAGUGGUUCUCUGAAUUCUUUUGAUGGUCUGUUUUACUGAGAGGGAAGUGGUUCUGAGUUAAGGUGUUUUAAUCGCAUGAUAAUUUGCUUGCUGCUUCCUUUUGUAAGCAAUGUAAAUAUGCUAUUACUAUGCCUCCUAGUAUGCUUUGCGUGGGUGCUAACUGUGGUUUCAGACCUUAAUGGCACUUAAAGUCACCAUUUACAUCGUUCCAAACCUAUACUACUUUUCAGAAUACUAAACGAUAUUUUUAAGUUGGUAACCAGACGGUUUUGUUGAGCGUUGAUUUCACUUGAAUGGACAAAAAUGAUGUUUAUUCACAGAAAAAUAAAAGUUAUACAAUUGUGGAAUGACAUAA